GUUUAUUCUAUUUAGAAGCUAAAGUAGAAGAAUCCUUAGUUCUUGCUCUACUGAGGGGGGCCAGUAAGUCUCUUCUUCGAUGGUUGCCUUGCCUUAAAAGAAGGCCAAGUGAGAAUCUUUACUCGUGUAACACUUCAUUAGUUUCAGAGGCAGCUAGUCGUAAGCUAGUAAGAGAAGGAGCUAAGAUAUCAAGCAAAAUUGCCGUAUCUCUUACGGAUAACUCUCAAAAAGAUAGCUUGAAAACUCACCGCCCGGCGCCCCUUAAGGUUCUUCUUACCGCAUCUUUAGCUCAAUCGGAUAGAGCAACGGUCUUCGAAACCGUGGGUUAUUGGUUCGAGUCCAAUAGGAGAACCCUUCUUAUUAAGAAGACUCCUACCGAUAAGACUCAG